AGAGUUUACAGUGCAGCGUCCAGAAGUAGAGCAGCUCCUGUGUGAUUGGAGGAAGUUAUACAUCAACAAAGAAAGAUGGCUGAAGUCAUAGAGCUACAGAAGCUGAAGCUCGCUGAGCUGAGGCAGGAGUGUGAGGCUCGAGGUCUGGACACCAAGGGAAACAAAGGGGAGCUCAUCGCCCGGCUGCAAGCCUAUCUGGAUGAGCACGAGGAAGAUGUGGACGUAGAUGACGUGCUCGGAGAGGAUACAGAGGACUACGCUAAAGUCGAGAGCGCCGAAAAUGAAAAGGAAGACAAGAAUUCUGAAUCUACUGAGAGCGAGCUAAAUGCUGAAAAGAAGGUGGUGAAAAUAAGUCCUCCAACAACUGCCACUGAAAGACUACAGAAGAGGGCUGAACGUUUCAGCCUGCCCGCAUCCGCCGAAAGCAAGAAGGCCAUACGUGCAGCGAGGUUCGGUUUACCCAACGAUGCUUCAAGUCCCUCUCCAGGUCUCGUUGCAAACAGUAAAGCUCCUGUGUCUACCGAUCAGCUGAAGAAGAGAGCAGAAAGAUUUGGCAUGAAUGUUUCAUCCAUUUCACAAAAGAUCGAAGAGGAUGAAAAGCUGAAAAAAAGGAAGGAGAGGUUCGGGAUCUUAACAAGCGCAGGACCAGCCGCUGCAGCUGAUGUUGAGGCAAAGAAAAUGAAGCGCGCUGAAAGAUUUGGAAAAGUGUAAAUAAUGUUUUAGAGCCUGUUUUUUGUUUUUUUUUGUAAAGCAUUUUCAUGACUUGUACACCAGAGAUUCCCGAAGAUCACAAAUGUCACUGAUAGGAUUCCUGUCAAUCGAACGUAUACUUAAAUACAACAAUAAAUGGGUGAGUUAGAUCAUUUUUGGGGAAACAAUUAGAAAAAAGCUUGUAAUUAUAUUGAUGUCAAUUUGAAACUCACAUAUUACCCUGUCGAUUAUUUACUGGAUUGCCUUUUUUUCCUCAUUCUUGAGAUGCCUUCAAGCUGUUAUUUUCAAUUUUCCUCACACAAAAAUUCUCAUUGCCUUCACUUUUUACACAGGAAGUAGUUGGUUGUCUAUUAAAAUGCAUGGGCAGCAUUAGCUCCUGUAUAACAUAGAAGCUUGUUCUCUCAUCGUUCAUCUAACAAACAGGAUCCUCAACGGUUUCUGAUAAAGUUCAUUUCUCCAGCGUUCAGGAAGUAUAAUUAGUUUUCCCUGUUUUUGGUGUUUAAUUACAAUAAAACCGCCCAGAAUCUUAACAAAUCAAACAGAAUAUGUUGUUAUCACGGGGUAAAAAUGAUUGUUUUUAGCUGCAAGGAAACUUUUACAUCAGCCAACGAGCCGACCAGGUGCGUGACUAAAGGUGACAUUUUGGUGCUUUUUUCGGGUCUUUGAACAGACUCUUGCAGCUCUGACGAAGCACAGUAAAGAAUCAGAAACCAGCAAGGCUCUUAUGUGUCGGACGAGGAUUAGAAUAGAAAUAAAACUGAACGUUAUGCAGCAUCUACAGAUGUUCUCGUCAUUAUUAUACACGCAACAAGGAAGAUGGUACAUUUUGGCCGGGGAGAUAGAAAAUGUGUAAUACAUUCGUGCGAGGCCCGAAUAAAUCGAAAA